GUACAGGCAGCGGCGAUCUGCCCAAACGUUGACUUUUUCAUCUCUACGCGCGCAACAAGGGGUGGACUGUAUCGCACAGAGUCAACUGCGCGUAUACGAGCAUCAUGCAUUUCUAUUCGUUGUCUAAUUGCGUAUAGAAAUUCAACGUCAAGAAGAGAAGCGAAGUCCAUUAGUUAAGGGGACGUUCUGUCAGCUUGAGUCUGAGAGCAACGGUCGAGUGGGAGAGCAACUUGGAGUCUAGCGAGGUGUCGUCCCAAACGUUUGCUUAUUUCGAAGGUUGCUUCACGUUCUCAGAUGUCGCGAACGAUGACUUGUACUCCGGAGGAUCAGACUCUUCGAGUUGACAAUCGUUUUGAAAUUUUGCAAGAACGAAACCAUCGGGUAUUUAUCAUUGCCCGUGCUGACGAAUGCAAGGCGAAAUGGGCCUGUCAAUUUUUAGAGGAGGAAAUUGAGAAAAGGAAAAUUUUGUGCUCGACGUCGGAUAAGCUCAAACCUGGUUCAUGUUGGAUAGAGAGUGCAACAGAUGUCAUCUAUAAAAGCACUAUCAUUCUAGUGAUCAUUUCACACAAAUUUAAAGACUGUUCACAAGCAUCGAGACUACUAUCAGUUGCUUUCAGCAGGUCAAUAAAUUGUCCUGAAUUUUGUUGUUUAGUUCCUGUCAUCAUUACAAAAGAUGCAGCUGCAAUUCCUCAAGAAUUAGAGCAUCUUACAUCUAUCACAUGCAUUAAGAAGGAUCCACAAGCUAUCAUCACUCGUCUUGAUGCUUUACUUGCAGACCCACCACGUCCACGACCUUCCAGGAGAAGCAAAGUGACAUCAAAAUUGCAAAACCGUGUUCGAAGAUUUUCUUCCAUGAGGUCUUCCUCUUGCAGUAGGAGAAACCCCAGUAGAGAAUGUCACCGCUUUUUCAAGAAAAGGCAUCUAGACAGCAGAACUUCAAAAAAGAGAUUGAUUGCGAAUGUGAAAACAAAGUCAGGACAGAUCAGCACUGUCAGCAGAAAUGAAUCGACAAGAAAGGUUUUCAUUUUUCACAAUCACACAGAUGAUAUGUCUGUGAACUUCGUCAAUGACAAGAUAAUCCCAAUUCUUACAAAUGGGAUUACUUCAUGUGACAAAAUGACUCUUACAAAUGGGAAUGUAGAUUCUCAGGACUUAAUUGAUCCAACGUUAGAGUUGGGUAAAAUGCUGUCCAAGGCAUCUGAUAGUAUUAUGAAGUCCUGCUUUGCAACUAUUGUGGUUGUGCCAUCUCAACCUGGCACUUUACGAUCACCACUUGAUAAAAUACUUUUUCACUCAAUCGAGCCAAGAUUUGAAUCAGGAAAACUUCAAGUCCUAUGUGUUCGGCUAACUCAGAAUGGCAUUGUUCCUGUACAACUGAGAGGUACAGCUACAGCUGAUUACUUCAACGCUGAAGUUAGCAGUAAGUGGCCAGAUCUAAUUACCCAUUUCCUUGAACCUGUUCAAAUGUACAAGUUUUCGUCACCAUCAGCUGUCUUUCCAGAGGCAGAUGCUCCUAAGGUACCUUCUUUACCGUUGUAUUACGAAUUUGAUGUCCGGCGCCUAUCAGUUCAUCGUUUUCUCUGUAGGGCAAAUAAAUUCAAAUUUACUGUUCCCAUUCUUCUGCUGACUUUCCAGUUCAUUGUCACCAUAUUCAUCAAGACAUAUGAGACUGAGGACAAACGGAAUUCCUCAAACUCCAAGUUGCAAGAUUCUCCAAUUUUCUUGUACAGCCCUAGUUCUGUCACGGCUGUCAGUUUCUUCCUUACUUUUGUCGAGAUGACUUUAAAGACAGGUAUUCCUUUGCUCAUGAUCAUCAAAGUCAAAGCAAUGACGACAGCUAUGAACAGCAGCCUUGUUCUUCCUUUUCGAUACUGUGAUAUCAACACAGUUUGGUCUGUGCUCAACAAACUUUACCAGCCAAGAGAGCUCAUCGCCGUCAAUGCCAAUAAUACAAUUCGGGUGGCUGAAAGAAUGAUUGAAAAAGCUUUAUUCAUUGCUGUGUGUCAAACUGUCGUACACAGUUUCAUUUUGGCACUUGCUUUGUGCUUACUGGGAGCCUUUUACGAUCCAGUCUAUGACAGCUGCAGUUUCCUGGAUCGACAUGACUCUUCUACUGUGGUUACUGUUAUGGUUAUGGACUUUUUGACGGUUUUCGUAGGACUCAGUUGUAUUGGAAUUGGACAGGCACUAUUUGCUUGCGAAACAAAACUUUGUAUGUACAAGGAUAUGUGGGCUGACAGUCUAGGCAUGUCAUCGAGCCCAUUCCUGCAGCAGUGGGAAGUUUACAAAGAUACAUGGUACAACUGCAGGAAAUGGGCCAUUGGAUUGAUCAUCAUCCUUUUGAUGUAUCCGUUUGGAUCAUAUUUAUUGUAUUUAUGUCAAAGCGUAUCAGAAAGGGAGUCAUUUGAGAGUUUUCCUAUUAGGAUCCUUAGAGCUUGCGACUUUUUUGCCAUCUGUCCUUCGGCAUGGUUUCUGGUAAAUUUGUCUCUUCCUCUGGAUGUUUUAUUAUUUGGGCUGUUGAUCUGGUAUAUCCAAACACAACCAGGAGAUUACAAUGUCGCAGGGAUCCACAAAUAUCGGGGGUACCAUGUGAACUUGCUUUUGUGGCACCUUGUUUUGCGCGUCUGUUUUCUGGUGAUGCUGGAUAUCGGAGUGUGCUGCUAUCGUGGCAAAUGGAAACGAUGUCAGUCUGAUGUCUCUACAGCCUUCCAGUGUAUAACAACGAUAGCUGCAGUACUGUUAUUAGGUUGUCUAUAAUUUUUAUAUUACCAUUUGAAGAAGAGGCAGCUGAGUUAUAGUUUCUGUAGAUGUACUGAAAUAUAUUCAGUUGCAAACAAAUUAAAUUGUUUAGUAUUUGUGUCAUAUGCUCUGUUAUAAAAGAAAAGUCUAGUCUAUGUCUAUGGAUUGUAUUUCUUCUAUUCAUUGUUUCAUGCAGUGACUACUACAUAUCAGUGUAAGCUUUGCUAAUUAUAUUACUGUACUGCAACAAAAAUUGUCAGAUUCAACUUCUAGGAAGUCCAACUACAAAUUACGUAAUUUUAAAUAAUCUACGACAUUCGAUCACCUCCUUCCUCUCGUCUUCUCUAGUCUUCCUGCUUCUUUUGUACUGUAAAGACAAAAA